GUGUAUUUAUUAUUAAAAUUUUUUAUUUUUUUUUUUUUGUACAUCUUAGUGAGUAAUUUGUAACUAUAGGAAUUAGCUGUACUAAAAUUUGUAAUACUAUUUUCACAUUAAAGAUAUGUUAGGGUAUAGUGUUUAAAGAUUUUAUAUUCAUUAAAUUAAUUUUGUGUAGCUCAUUAUGUUUUUAUUAAAAUUGUCAGGUGUGUUUAAUAAAUGUGAUUAAUAAAAUCAGUUCAUAUGAACUACUUAAAUUUCAUCUGCAUUUUACUAUAGUACUUUAUUGAGGUAUAUUACGUUGUAUAAUUAGUGAAUAUAAUUAGUGAAAUAUCGUUCCGCGAAUAAUUAUAAGUGAGUUGAGCAUUUAUUCAAGGCUGUAUUUUUACUAUGUUAAGCAGUUGGACCAAACAUUUACUUCAUUGUGCCUUAUUGGUGAUUGUAAUAUCAGUGUUUGAAAUCUGGUCAGGAGGUAUUAAGCUAUCUGCAGAUGUUCAAAAUACUUUUAAUUUUAAUCCGUGGGAACGCUAUGGUUUAGUUUGGUGCUUUAUGUUAUAUUUACUUCGAUGUUUGACCUUUUUACCUUUACCGCAAGUACUACUGAAUUUUGGUGGUCUUACACUUUAUAAUGCUUUUCAAGAUAAAGUUGUACUAAAAGGGUCACCUUUAUUGGCUCCAUUUAUAUGCAUACGUAUUGUAACCAGAGGAGAUUACCCUCAAUUAGUGAAAGCAAAUGUUGCUCGCAAUAUGGCUCGAUGUUUAGAAGCUGGAUUAGAAAAUUUUAUAAUUGAAGUAGUAACAGAUAAAUCUGUUGGACUUCCUGAACAUAGGCGUAUAAGAGAAGUUGUUGUACCAAAAACAUAUAAAACUAAGACUGGUGCCCUUUUUAAAUCUAGAGCACUUCAAUUUUGUUUAGAGGAUAAUAUAAAUAUUUUGGCUGAUUGUGAUUGGAUUGUACAUUUAGACGAAGAAACUCUAUUGACUGAAAAUUCAAUCAGAGGUGUAUUAAAUUUUGUAUUGGAUGGUAAACAUCAGUUUGGUCAGGGUCUUAUAACAUAUGCAAACGAAGAAGUUGUAAAUUGGUUUACAACUUUAGCAGAUAGUUUUAGAGUGGCUGAUGAUAUGGGUAAACUACGCAUUCAGCUUUCAAUGUUCCACAAACCUCUUCUAAGUUGGAAGGGAUCUUAUGUUGUGACUCAAUUGGGUGCAGAACGUGAUAUAUCAUUUGAUAAUGGCUUAGAUGGGUCCAUAGCAGAAGAUUGUUUUUUUGCCAUGCGAGCUGCUAGAGAAGGUUAUACAUUCAAUUUUAUUGAAGGAGAAAUGUGGGAGAAGUCACCAUUUUCUUUGUGGGAUUUCAUACAACAACGUAAACGUUGGCUUCAAGGUAUUUUAUUAGUUGUUCAUUCAGCAGCUAUACCUUCUAAAACAAAAAUUUGGUUAGCAUUAUCAUGUUACUCUUGGGUAACGUUACCCCUGUCUACGUCUAAUUUAGUGUUAGCAAGAUAUUAUCCAAUUCCAUGCCCAGCAAUAAUGGAUUUUGUCUGUGCAUUUAUAGCUGGAGUAAAUAUAUAUAUGUACAUAUUUGGUGUAGUAAAAUCAUUUUCAUUAUAUCGUUUUGGUGUUUUGAAAUUUACAUUAUGUAUAAUAGGAGCACUUUGUACUAUACCUUUUAAUGUUAUAAUUGAAAAUGUGGCUGUUAUUUGGGGUCUCUUUGGCAAUAAAUACAAAUUUUAUGUUGUUCACAAGGAAAUUAAACCACUUGUCACUGUAUAAAUAACUAUAAUGGCAUUGUGUUUAUUUAAAAUGAAAGUAUGAUAUAUGGGAGGGAGAGACUAUCUGCCAUUGAAAAAUAAAGCUGUUAGAUAAUCCAUAUAUAUAUAUAUCAAUGACAACCCUAUGGCUUAUUAAUCUAACUUAAUUUUUGAAAUUCUGGAUUUUUUUUUUUUUUUUUUGUGUAUUAUAAAUGCUCAAAUCUAAUGAAAACAAACAGUCCAAAUGUUUUGAAUUUAGUAUUGGUAAUAAUGUAUCUGAAUGAAGCUUAGUAAUUGUUAUUUGCUUAACAGGAUUCUGGUUUUGAAAAUCCUAUAGUUGAAAUUAAUUUUUUGAGAAUAUUUGUCAUCUUUUAAAGUAAACAAUUAUUUUAAUUUAAAAUUAAAUAAUAAGUAUUUAAUUUUACUUAAGCCUAUGGAUGCCAUUAAUUUUAUUUACUGUAAAGGCCAAGAUCUCUGAUUGUACCUUGAUAAUGUUUGGCAAAACUAGUCAUGACCUAGUUUUAUAUUAAGAAUUUUAACCAGUUUAAGUUACGAGAAUAUUAUUUAUAUAUAUUGUGUUAAUUUUAAGAAUUACAAAUGCACAUAAUCUUGUAACCACUCAAUUUGAUUUUCAUUAAUUGUUAUUAUAAUCAUCUGAUGCUUAACCACAAGAUCACGUUUGGACACUAAUCAAUACUUUACUACUUUUAUUUUUAAUCAACAAUAUAUUAACAUUCUUUAAAGUAUUGUUAAAAAAGACUUUGAGGAAAUUACUACUACUUUUGAACCAAAUUAUUAAAUGUAAUGUAUUUAGCA